GCGGUUAUUUAUUUAUUUCCGGGCCCCAGAGCGCUUAUAAUGGAGCCGCUGUCAGCAGAACCUUCUGCUGCUGCCGCCGCCGCCGUCCCUCCUCUUUUUUUUCCCGGCAGAUCUUUGUUGUGUGGGAGGGCAGCAGGGAUGGACUUGAGCUUGCGGAUCUCCUGCUAGAGCAGCCGCGCUUGGAGAGGGCGCCGCAGCCGCGAGGAGGAGCCGCCGCCGCCGCCCCGAGGCCCCGCCGAACGCGGCCUCCGUCCGCCCGCGCCCCCGCUCGCCCCUCACCUCCCUGCAGAGUCCCCUCGCGGCGGCAGAUGUGUGUGGGGUCAGCCCACGGUGGGGACUAUGGUGAAAUUCCCGGCGCUCACGCACUACUGGCCCCUGAUCCGGUUCCUGGUGCCCCUGGGCAUCACCAACAUAGCCAUCGACUUCGGGGAGCAGGCCUUGAACCGGGGCAUUGCUGCUGUCAAGGAAGAUGCCGUCGAAAUGCUGGCCAGCUACGGGCUGGCCUACUCCCUGAUGAAGUUCUUCACAGGCCCCAUGAGUGACUUUAAAAACGUGGGCCUGGUGUUUGUGAACAGCAAGCGAGACAGGACCAAAGCCGUCCUGUGUAUGGUGGUGGCCGGCGCCGUGGCCGCCGUCUUUCACACCCUGAUCGCUUAUAGCGAUUUAGGCUACUACAUCAUCAACAAACUGCACCAUGUGGAUGAGUCGGUGGGGAGUAAAACCAGAAGGGCCUUCCUGUAUCUCGCUGCCUUCCCUUUUAUGGAUGCUAUGGCAUGGACCCAUGCUGGCAUUCUCUUAAAACACAAAUACAGCUUCCUGGUGGGAUGUGCCUCAAUCUCAGAUGUCAUAGCUCAGGUCGUUUUCGUAGCCAUUUUGCUUCACAGCCACCUGGAAUGCCGGGAGCCCCUGCUCAUCCCCAUCCUCUCCCUGUACAUGGGCGCGCUCGUGCGCUGCACCACCCUGUGCCUGGGCUACUACAAGAACAUCCACGACAUCAUCCCUGACCGAAGCGGACCAGAGCUGGGGGGAGAUGCAACAAUAAGAAAGAUGCUGAGCUUCUGGUGGCCUUUGGCUCUGAUUUUGGCCACACAGAGAAUCAGUAGGCCCAUCGUCAACCUCUUUGUUUCCCGGGACCUUGGUGGCAGUUCUGCAGCUACAGAGGCAGUGGCAAUUUUGACAGCGACAUACCCUGUGGGUCACAUGCCAUAUGGUUGGUUGACGGAGAUCCGUGCCGUCUAUCCUGCUUUUGACAAGAAUAACCCCAGCAAUAAACUGGUGAGCACAAGCAACACGGUCACUGCCGCCCACAUCAAGAAGUUCACGUUCGUCUGCAUGGCCUUGUCUCUGACGCUCUGUUUUGUGAUGUUCUGGACUCCCAAUGUCUCCGAGAAAAUUUUGAUAGACAUCAUAGGCGUGGACUUUGCCUUCGCAGAACUCUGCGUCGUUCCUCUGCGCAUCUUCUCCUUCUUCCCAGUGCCAGUCACAGUGAGGGCCCAUCUCACAGGGUGGCUGAUGACACUGAAGAAAACCUUUGUCCUGGCGCCUAGCUCCGUCCUGCGGAUCAUCGUCCUCAUCACCAGCCUCGUGGUCCUGCCCUACUUAGGGGUACAUGGAGCUACCCUGGGUGUGGGCUCCCUCCUAGCAGGGUUCGUGGGAGAAUCUACCAUGGUCGCCAUUGCAGCGUGCUACGUCUAUCGGAAACAGAAAAAGAAGAUGGAGAACGAGUCAGCCACUGAGGGGGAAGACUCUGCCAUGACUGACAUGCCUCCAACAGAGGAGGUGACGGACAUCGUAGAAAUGAGAGAGGAGAAUGACUAAGGCACAGGACUCCACGGGCACUGCAGGGACAGUUGGGAUGGCACUUCAGCAUCAUCUCUUUCCCAUGUGUUUUUUUGUUUUUUGUUUUGUUUUUGGUAAUGAAAGAGGCCUUGAUUUAAAGGUUUCAUGUCAAUUCUCUAGCAUACUGGGUAUGCUCACACUCAUGUGGGGACCUAAAGAAAGGUCUUUCCUUCCGCUUUGUAAACAGACAAAACCGAUGACUUUGUGCCCCUGCUUCAUGAAAACCCAAAAGACAUAGCUGCCUCGUAGUCAAAAGUCUCUACUCCUCCCUCGGACAAUCUUUACUUUGAACCAAAGGACUGCGGCUGUGCCAUCGCCUCUCAGGCCACCACUACCCAGCUGGCCACAGACUCUUUCCUGUCCCAUUUUGUCUCUCUUAAGAAUCAACAGGUUAAAGUUUGGCCUCCUUUGACUUGCUUCCCAGUAACAUGGCUGUACACAGAGAUGUCACCUGGUGGCCAGUUUCUUCUCCCUUCCACCAUGGAGUCAUGAACUGCCUACCAAACAUAUGCAGAAGGUGAGCAACAAGCUGCAGCCCAGAGUCGCCAUGCACACUGAGGAACAGAUUUGUGACCACACUGGGCCGAUGUAUGGAAAUAUGCUGUAGAAAUGUUUGCAAUGCCAUCAGAGUAGCAAAUUGACGUGGUCAAUGGCAUCUCACUUUUCGUUUUCCUAGAUCAGAGCGAGCUGUCAUACCCCACCGUGUGUACACACGAGCCACCUUUUCACAGCUGACACAAAAGCGCAUCUCCCAGCAUCAGCAUCCCUCCGCAUGACUUUCCCUGAGGCUUUUCACCCCUUUCCUGAAGAUGGCACUAGAGCGAGUUAAAAGGAGCCUUCUCACUUUCCAUUUAGUUUUACAAUGAACUGAAGCUUUAAGUCAUAAUCUAGCAUUCUAAUGCCAGGUUGCUGUCUCAUAACUUUUAAAGUAGGUUUAUUACCUGGUUCUGCCGUUCCAAGUCAUGACUCUGCGGUACAGGUAAUUCCAAGUGUACUACGGUACUUCCCUCUCACAUACACCAUAAAGCAAGACAUUUUAUAAACAAUUAUCAAAGUCACUAUGUGAUAUUCCCUGAAAUAAUGCAUUGGAAAUCCAUUUAGUGCAGUAUAUUUUUCUAAGUUUUGGAGAGCGGGUUUUUUCCUUUAAAAAAAUUAUGGACACAGUUCUCUAAAUUCUUGUUUUAGUCAAAAUAACUAGACUGAAAGAACCUAAACAAAAUAUUUUAAAGAUAUAAAUAUAUGCUGUAUAUGUUAUGUAAUUUAUUUUAGGCUAUAAUACAUUUCCUAUUUUCGCAUUUUCAAUAAAAUGUCUCUAAUACGAUGCAGUGAUUGCGUGUUCCACAUACCUGCAGUUGAAUGGUAUUGUAUCACUGACCAUUGUAUCUUAUUUGCAGCAGUUUUUACAAAAUCCCUUGUUUGCAUAUGAAUGUAAGGGUCCAUAAAUGACCAGAGAACUAUUCUGGGUCACGGGUAACCCAGGAAUAAAUUGUUGUGUGGACAACUGUGGGAAUGCGAGUGUGAGCUGGAAGGGCAAAAGAGGCAAAGGAGAAGGCGGUCCUGUUGUGUUUAUUGUUUUCAGUGCUGUGUACCCAUACUGUUCCUCAGAGAAAAAAGGCUGUAAGGACAUAAAGGUGGCUGUGAACCUCACAGGGCUGCAUUCCCGCUUUGGGGCACCUGGUGCCCCUCAGAUGUGCCCCGCACAGGGACAAGUCCUUACAUGCUUCCUCAGAGCGGCUUUUCCUCCAUUUAUAUGUAUGAGUGCUGAACAUUCAGAUGCGUAGCUGCUUUGGGGGUGGUUUCAGGGGCAGAUCUGAAAAGAUGAAGAAAAAAAAAUCUAAUUGUAUUGGCUUUUAAAAAGUACAUGACUAGAAAAUUAAACAGCAGUAUUUUUUAA